GGCUAUUGCUGCCCGCGUUCCUUCCCGAACACUUUCUGUCGUUAUCAACCUUAGUCUUUCCCCGCGUGUCUCUCCUGCUCGCCUCCUCCCCUCCCUCCCCUCCUUCUAUCCACCGUCGAAGAGAAGGCCCGGGUGAAGCUCACAAACGACAGCUAGCAAAGGGAGGGCGACAAAAUGACUACCACCAUCAACCUCGACACCGAUGCCAUCGUGCAGUCUGGUCUGGUAGACCCUGAGCACAAGGGCCUCGCUCACAACGAGGCCCGGGGGUCGAUGGAUGUGCGCAAGUCGUUGCAGGCUCCCGCCCACGACUUCGCCUCCACCGACGACGACGACAACUCGUGGCCCGACAAGCCGACCGAGGAGGAGCUGCACACGCUGCGCCGCGUGUCGGGCAAGAUCAAGUGGAAUGUCUACACCAUUGCCUUCGUCGAGCUCUGCGAGCGCUUCUCCUACUAUGGCUCCGCCGUCCUGUACACAAACUUUGUCAACCACCCGCUCCCCGACGGCUCCAACACGGGUGCUACCGGCAACUCGAGCCAGCGCGUGCCCGGCGCCCUCGGUAUGGGACCCAAGGCUGCCCAGGGAAUCAGCUUGUUCAACCAGUUCUUUGCCUACCUGAUGCCUCUGUUUGGUGCCUGGAUUGCUGAUGCCCGGCUCGGUCGUUUCUGGACCAUCCACAUCGCCAUCGGCAUCUCCACCAUCGCCCACGUUAUCCUCGUCGCUGCCUCGUCGCCCGGCGUCAUCGUCAAACCCGACGCGUCCUUCGCCGCCUUCAUCAUCGGACUCCUGACCCUCUGCGUCGGCACGGGCUUCUUCAAGGCCAACGUGUCCCCCCUCCUGGCUGAGCAGAACGACGACACCCGGAUGCGCGUCGAGGAGCGCAACGGCGAGCGCGUUAUCGUCGACCCGGCUGUCACCAACACGCGCAUCUUCCUCUACUUCUACUUCUGCAUCAACAUCGGCUCCAUGGCCGGCCAGAUCGGAAUGGUGUGGGUCGAGAAGUACCUGGGCUUCUGGGUCGCCUUCCUGAUCCCCACGGGCAUGUUCCUGCUCGCGCCGCUGGUGCUGUGGUCGCAGAAAAAGAACUACCGCCUCACCCCGCCCACGGGCUCGCUGCUGUCCAAGUUCCUGCGCAUGUUCAUGUUCGUCCAGAAGCGCUGCCCGCUCUUCAAGCUCGACUGGGAGCUCGCCAAGCCGUCCAACGUGCCCGUCGCCGAGCGCCCGUCAUGGAUGACGUACGACGACGCCUGGGUUGACGAAGUCCGCCGCGGCCUCAUGGCCUGCAAGGUGUUCCUCUUCCUGCCCAUCUUCUUCCUGUCCUACAACCAGAUGACGGGCAACCUCACGAUUCAGGCCUCCACCAUGGAGCUGCACGGCGUGCCCAACGACAUCAUCCAGAACCUCAACCCCAUCUCCAUCGUUAUCAUGAUCCCCCUCAUCGACGGCCUGCUCUACCCGGGCCUCCGCAAGCUCGGCAUCGCCUUCACCCCGAUCAAGCGUAUGACUCUCGGAUUCAUGAUCGCCGCCAUGUCCAUGGUCGCCUCGGCUGUGAUGCAGUACUACAUCUACCAGAAGAGCCCCUGCGGCUGGCACGCCAACAGAGAGGGCUGCGCCCCGGCGCCCAUCAACGUGUGGGCCCAGUCGCUGCCCUACAUCCUCAUCGGCCUCGCCGAGAUUUUUGCCAACGUCACCUCGUACGAGUACGCCUACUCCAAGGCCCCCGAGAACAUGAAGUCGCUCGUCAUGAGCGUCAACCUGUUCAUGAGCGCCAUCUCCGCCGCCAUCGGCCAGGCCUUCACCCCGCUCUCCGAUGACCCCCUGCUGGUCUGGAACUACACCGUCGUCGCCUGCAUCGCUGUCGUCGGCGGCGUCGCCUUCUGGUUCUGCUUCCACCACCUCGACUCGGACGAGGACAAGUGGAACAUGCUCAAGAAAUCCGAGUUCAUCGGGAAUCAGCAGCCCACCCUCGCCGAGAACUCAAAGGCCGACGAGGCUUGAGGUGGCGGGAGACUCGGGGGUUUUGUAUGUUGAUGUUGAUGAGGGAGAGUGUAUGUUAUCUAGGGACAUGAAUAUGAUACCAGUAGCAAUCGUAAUUCGCUUUAUAAAUUCAAAAAGACAUUUUAAACAAG